AAAAAAAAUAGCCAAAUGCCUCGUCAUCUAAUUAGUGACGCGCAUGAAUGGAUUAACGAGAUUCCCACAUACGACCGUCUGUUUGGUUUUGCGCUGGAUCUCAUUAACCAAAACACGGCACUGGCUGCCAAAAUGGAAGCGUACAAGGAAGAGAGGGAGAGGGCCCCAGCCCCCGCAGCCCCGUCCCCCACGCCGGAGAGUGUUGCCGCCCUGCAGCGCACCUUCUCGCAGGUUCUCCAGCAGAACCCGGCGACUUCGAGCCCGAGCCCCGCCGGCCAGCAGCAGGGAGGGGCAUCACCCGAGGCCCCCAAGCCAACAACACCACCCUCAGCCCCCAGGGAGAGCCUUUUGAUCUACCCUGCAACCAAGCCAGCAGCUGGGGUGGAGCCAUACGCAGGGAUCUCCCACCUGCUGCGUACUACCUUCCAGCCCGCGGACCUCGGACUCGGCUGCGUCGAGAUCAAGCAAGUGCGAGUACCCUCGCGAUCCCCACCCGAAGACAGACAGCAACCCCGAUUCGACCAUAAAAUUGUUUAUUCCUCAAGAAGCCUGUAAUCAAGAACCAACUACCGCCGACCAUCAUCCAGCAAGCCGUCCAGAUCCAUAAUUCGACCAUAGAACUGUUAAAACAUCAAGCAUCAUGUAAAAAGAACUUUCAACAACCAUCGUCAACUAGCCCGAAACGCCACUCAAGAGAAGUCAUCAGAGAAGAACUGGGGGGGAGGGAGAUACAUUUUAGUAAUUGUUUAGUCCAGGAAGUAGCAUGUAAAAGGGGGAGGGAUUUUAGAAAAGGCUUUCAUUAGUGUGUACAUUGAUAUGUAUAUAUUUUUCUUUAUAUCUUUCACACAUUUCACUUAAAUUUUACGUCUUUUUAUGUUUUUACCCUAUAUAUGUAUGUUUGCAAUUUUGUUUUUCCUUUUUUUAUAUUUUUGCCUUAUAAAUGGGUGUGUAUGGUUUUGUGUGUAUGUAUGUAUGUGUGUAUGUACAUGUCUAUGUAUAUAUACACAUAUAUAUAUAUAUAUAUACUUUUUUUUUAUGCAUUUUAGUGUAAGACCACUAUUUCAUUUUUACUACUUUUUUGUAAAGUGAUAGCAUGCUCACUAUUUUACUCUUCAUCAUAUUUAACCAAUAUAUAUAGGCUUUUUUCUUUCUGUACAGCGGGUGCAUGCGCGCUUCUCUUCUGGGGAAAAUUUGAAAAAGUUUUUUUUUUUUUUUUUUCUUUUUUCUUUUCUAGUUUUCAAUAAACGUCGCUGAUGGACUGG